AUGGGAACCAUCUGUCGAUACUACGACGAAGGACUAGGAACAUCGGUAUCCAGAAGAUAUCUUAAAGGCUUGGACGAUAAGAUAAGGGAGUUGAAACACGAAAUAGCCAAAUAUGAAAACAAAAUACAACGAAAGAAUCUGGCACACUCAAGCACCAGCAGCCAGCAAGAAACCGAGGAGCUGCCCAGCACCUCUGUAAGCUCAGGAUGUUUUAUAGAAGGAGGCAAGGAUUCUCACUAUUUUGGGCCGAGCUCUGUGGUCUCAAUGGUUCAUUCGGUGUCAAAGGUGCUGAAGCUAAAUGCUGAAACAAGUAAAUUUGGUUCUAUUGACAAUUAUACAGCAUUUCCAAAGAUUAAGGUCCCGUUUGACUUCUCAGUAAUUGGCAAUGACCAGUCCAGACUGCUCAUUGAGAACUAUCUGAGCAAUAUUUAUCCUGUUUUCCCGCUGCUUCCAGAGAGCUUCUUUCAUUUUGAAGUCAUGGUAAGGAACUAUCCUUCUUUCGAGCAGCUGUUUGUGCUGCUUAUAUUUCUCAUCUCUGCAACCAACCUAAUGCGGAAACGAGUGGAUUUUGCAUCCAUCAAGAUAAUGCUUCAACAAAAAGUGGCGGAGCUCAUGAAGGACAAAUUGACGGAUUCUGAUGGUGACACUCUUCUGGCUCUAGUGUAUUAUGCUGUCUAUGAAAUGUUGGAUCCUGAAUCAGGCUCACCGGUAUGGAAGACGCUUUCUUUGGCUUGUGGUUUAGCGGAAAAACUGAGAUUUUCAAACACUGGGAACCAAGGUCCGAUACCCGGAAGGGUGUGUAAACAAGUUCCUCGGAUUAGGUUACUGAAAGUGCUCUAUGAGCUUGAAACCAGUGUUUCGCUAUGUUUGGGCAGACCGCCUUCAAUUUAUUUUUCGAAAAAUCAGAUUGCUCGUCUUGAAAUCGAUGACGGUAACAAUAGGAUGGUCUUUGUCGAGCUCACAAACAGAAUUGAUCUGUUUCGAACUAUCUAUGGAAAGCUCCCUGGGUGCCCUGUUUGCCGGGCCGAAACACUAUUUAUGCAGCAGCUGGAGACUAAAUCCACCCACUGGCUUACUGCUUGCUCACUGCUCACUCAUAGCUGUCCUUGGUGCGAUAAGUCUAGCUUUCAUUUGAAUGUUUUGCAAUCCUGUAUUGAGUGCAUCAAAGAUGCAAGCCUAAAGCUCCAAAAGAGUGCUCCAUUAUGUUUUUGGAUAGAAAUAUCCAACAUCACGCUUUCUCUACUGAGUUUGAUGGUCAUUAGCAAGCGUCAUCAUGAAUUGCUAGAAGAUUCUUUUUUUCAGGGCAAAAUCAUUGAUGCCAUCAGUAUGGGAAAGCAGCUUCUUGUUAGAUACUCAACCUUCUGGCCAGACUCUCAAGCGCUGCUCUCGUUCACAGAUAUUGCAUUGAAAAACAUGAGCGUCUGUUAG